UCGCGUCGAGCACCACGGGCGGCCCAACCAGUUCACCGCAACCGGCGGCCCCGCUUUAUCCACUCGCCCGCGCGCUCGCGAGUCGGGCGACACGCGGCGGUCGGCGGCAGCGGCGAGAGAAGAGAUGAUGCUGAUAAGGCCGCCGCGGUUCCUCUCCCCCUCGCCCGCGCCGGCGCCCGCGAUGGGCGAGCCCCGCCUCCGCCGGCCUCUCGACGCUUCCAGAAUCUUCUCCUCCCCUCGUCCACCCGGGCGCCGGCCCCGCCCGCGCCCCGCCUCCACGUCCACCGACCUCCGCUGCCUCACCGCCCGCAUCGUCGACCUCACCCGCCGCAGGCAGCUCUCCCAGAUCAUGGAGGAGGUGGAGGCGGCACGGCGGCGGGCGCGCGGGGUUGGAGGCGGGGCGCUCAACACUAUCGUCAUGAACGCGGUGCUAGAGGCCUGCGUUCAUUGCGGCGACGUCGACCGCGCUCUCCGGCUCUUCGAGGACAUGCGCGGGCCCAGGGGGUGCGGCGUCGACGGCGUCUCCUACGGCAUCCUGCUCAAGGGCCUAGGAAUAGCGAGAAGGAUUAAUGAAGCAUUCGAAAUACUGGAAUCAAUCGAGAAAGAUACUUCUGUCGGGAGCCCUAGACUCUCUCCACAUCUUAUUUGUGGUUUUCUAAAUGCCCUUAUUGAAGCAGGAGAUAUGAGGCGUGCCAAUGCUCUUGUCGCCCGUUUUCGCAAAGUCCUUUAUGAAGAUCACUCUGUUUUACUAUACAACUUACUGAUGAAGGGCUACAUUAAGAGCAACUUCCCUCUUGGAGCUUUGACUGUCAAAGAUGAGAUAUUGCGUCAAGGGUUGAAGCCUGAUAGAUUGACCUACAAUACCAUCAUUUCUGCCUGUGUAAAAUCAGCAGAGAUUGAUAAAGCUAUCCAAUUUCUCGAAGACAUGAAGGAAGAAGCUAACAGGGAUAAUAAUCCUGAACUACUCCCCGAUGCUGUUACCUACACAACAUUACUUAAGGGUUUAGGAAAUAGCCGAGAUCUAUAUUCAGUUUUGAAGAUUGUUGUGGAGAUGAAAUCUUCACCUCUUUCAAUCGAUAGGAUUGCAUACACUGCUAUGAUAGAUGCCUUGCUAGCUUGUGGGUCCAUUGAUGGGGCCCUUUGCAUUUUUGGUGAGAUAAUUAAGCAGGCUGGCAACAACAAAGAUUUUACACCUAAGCCUCAUCUUUAUCUUUCAAUUAUGAGAGCUUUUGCUACCAGAGGUGAUGUUGAUAUGGUCGAGAGAUUGAACAAGCGCAUGUGGCCAGAUUCAGUUGGAUCCAUUAGCCGCGCAGCAAAAGAAGAGGCAGAUGAGCUAUUAAUGGAAGCUGCUAUAAAUAACAAUCAGAUAGAUUUGGCUAGAGGGCUUCUAAGAAGAAUAGUGAACGAGAAGGAAUGUUUCUCUUGGACAAGUAGAGUAGGUCUGGUUGCAGUUAAAGUUGAAAGCUUAUCUGGAUUCACCAACUCUCUUCUAAGACCUCAUAUAUUUCCACAGAUUAUCUUGAAUGAUCCAGUUGAGAAGUAUAUGAUUCCAUUUCAAGAAUCCCAACCUUUACCUGCUGACUUAAUAUUGCGGAAGGUUGUGAUGCGAUUUUUGAAAGAUCGUGCGGUUCCCCUUGUGGAUGAUUGGGGAGGUUGCGUUGGAAUUGUUCACCGCGACGAUUGUACCAAGCUGGAUGUGCCUCUUCUUUCGAUGGCGAGAGCACCGCUCUGUGUGCCUACUUCAACCUCUGUGGAGCAUGUCAUUGAUCUCCUCCUUAGAGAGAAGUCCGAAAUGGUGGUGGUGGUAAAAAGCGGUAACAUGUACGAAGGCAGCUACACGUCCAGCUCAAGACCCUUGGGUGUUUUCUCUCUUGCCAUUUUGUGGAAGUUCACAGGCGACUACUCGUCAGACAUCCACGGUGUGGGCAUGUCCCAAGUAACACUCAAGCAAGACGCUGAAGCCUGCAAUUGUGGCUGAAUCUGUAGCUAGUUUUAUGUUCCUUUUUGUCUCUCUCUUUCAAUGGCUCCACAUCGUUGUGCCGAGCAAAACAGUCAUGCAUGCGAUGGUCAAAUCGUCUCUCACUGUCCAAUUCAACAAGCAGAGCAAAAGUUUUGCCAUAA